AUGUCUGAAGGUAAAAGAAUUGACAAAACAAAGUUUCAUUCAAAUCAUGGAGAAAACAUUAUUCUUUCUGAUGAUAACACAGUUGCUUAUCGUAAGGCAAGUUUUUCUAAUGCAUUAGUAUUUAGUGACGAACCAUUGCAGUCUGGAGAAAUUUUUUUGUUGGAAAUUGAAAAGGAUGAAAAAAAAUGGAGUGGCCACAUGAGAAUAGGACUGACUCAAAUGGAUCCAAAAAAACUUUUUAAAAUUCGAUCUACUCAAUUUAAUAGUGCUUCACCAAACCUAAUGAAAAUGAGUUCCAGUUGGAUAUUUGCCAUGACUGAAAGUUCUAACAUUUGGGACAGCUUUGAAGGGAUUACUGGGACAGGUUAUGGUGAAGGCAUUCCAUUCAGAGAAAAAAAACUAGUGACUGACGGUAUUAACGUUCACACUUCUAAAGGCAUCUUACCAUGCAGUACUUUAAAACCAAACAUUAAAGACUCUUCACAGAAUAUUAUGCCAACAGAUACGGGUAGUAAAGUUGGUGUUAUGUAUGUUCCACAAACAGGCUCAGAUAAAGCAGAAAUGCAUUUUAUUAUCAAUGGUGAGGAUCAAGGAGUUUUUAGCAGAGACAUUCCAUAUAAAGCAGGACCUUUAUACGCUGUUGUCGAUGUCUAUGGAAGAACAAAACAAGUUAGAAUUGUUCAGUUAUAUAAUACUUCACUAACUCUACAAAAUGAAUGUCGGAAUGUAAUAUUACGGCACACGAAGAAGACUGGAGUUGACUCUCUCCCUCUACCAAAAAUGUUGAAGAAAUAUCUUCUCUAUCAAUGACAGAAGUAUAUUUUUUUAUGGAUCUUCUUUUCCGAUGAAAAUGGAAGUAUGGAUAUAAUUGUGUCCAUUUGUACAUGUAUU